AUGGAGCCGUGGGUGAUGCUGGACCCGCGGCAGAAAGCCCUGUACCGGGAUGUGAUGCAGGAGAGCUACGAAACGCUGAUGUCCCUUGCAGCACAGGGGCUGGUGAGCGAAAAAGCGGCGGAGGAAGGAGCAGCGGAAGAGAGCUGCGAGGAGCUCGAAGCCCGCUCAUCCCACAGCCCGGAGAAGGAGAAGACUCUCGGCUCGAACAGGCGGAAAACGAAACGCCCGGAUAAAGCCAUGCCGCAGAGCGCCGCCAAGAUGCCCAAAGCUGCGGCGCGGGGCCACACCGCCCAGAAGAGCUACACUUGCGGCGAGUGCGGCAAGGGCUUCGCUUGGGCGUCCCACCUGGAGCGGCACCACCGCGUCCACACCGGCGAGAAGCCCUACGAGUGCCCCGAGUGCGGCGAAGCCUUCAGCCAGAGCUCCCACCUCACCAAACACCGCCGUAGCCACCUCCCCAAGGCUGCUUUCCUCCUCCUCCCCCAACCCCUGCCUCCCUCCAGGACCAGGCUGGUGGGGGAGAAGCCCCAAAGUGCCAUGACCUGCAGCGGCGAGGAGCCCUGA